CAGCUGUCUUCCCACCCGCAGCAGUUGAGUGACCCAGCCGGCGGGAGCAAGGCAGCUAUGGACGAGUUCCGUACCUGGCCCAAGGAGACGCUUCUGGAGAUGCUGCAGGUGCAGGGGGUGAGCGGCGUGAGUGCGGCGAUGUCCAAGGACGAGCUGCUGGCGACGCUCAUGUCGCUGCUUCCGGCGGACAGCGACCAGCCGGAGGGUGAUGCCUCUGCCGAUGCCGUCGGAGGCGACACCGCCGGAGGCGACACCGCGGGGACCGAGGCGACAGGAGACCGAGUGAGCGCGAUUGAUGAGGACAAGGUGACGUUUCGGGUCCGAUGGCGAACGACGACUUACAAGGUUGUGCUGCCGCGGGCGGCGACGCUUGCAGAGCUCAAACGGCAGGUGUACGAGCACACCGGGGUGCUGGUGGCGGACCAAGUGAUCGAGGGCGUGACGGCGUACGGGGCAGCGCUGACCGACGACACGUCGUUCCUAGAGCUGGACAUGGUGGUCCCGGUCUACGACGUGACGAUGAGCGGCAAGCCGGUGUGCGAGAGCAGCAGCGCGGCUGCUGCUGCACCGCCGCCGUCGUCGACGGCCUCCAACUGGAGCAGCCACCGGAUGAGCAACAGCAAUGAUGAUGCGCGCGCGUUUCGCGCGGUGCUGCGAAGCGCGGCGACAGCAGGGCGCGGGUCGCGGGUCAGCGGGCCUGUUGUCCGGGCGCCGAGCCGGUCAGCGGCGUUGCAGGCGCGGAAAGAGGCCAAGGCGUUCACAACUGCGUUUGAGGCCGAGUUUGGGACGGGCCAUCCGCCGUUUUUUGAUGGCGCGCUGGAGGAGGCGUUCCACUCUGCGACGGCGCUCUCGCGGUUUGUGGUUGUUGUUCUGCACAACUCGGACGCCGAAUUCUCGCAGCAAUUCUGCGAGCACAUCCUCUGCUCCGAGUACGUGCGUGAAGUGGUGGUGAUGAACGCGCUAGUGUGGGCACGCAACGUGGCCGGCGCCGCCGAUGAGCGCAAUCCCCACGUGCGGAAGCUUGCGGCGGUGGCAGAGACCGGGCUCUCGCGGGCAUCGCUGGUCAUCGACCAGUACCCGGUGGUGGCAUGUGUGGGCGCCGUGAACGGCGAAAUGGCACUGCUCUCGGCAAGGACCGGCUACGUCACCGUCGACGACAUGGUUGCCUGUGUGCUAGAGGCCGCUGAAGCGCACAGUCGACGGGCUGACGACGAGCGAGUGGCAAUGUCGAAGCGGCUCAAAGUUGCGGCGGCAGCCGAAGCCUCACUGACCGAUUCCGAGCGGGCGGAGCGCGACGAGCGCGAGCGACUCGCCGCUGAGCGGACCGCCAUGCGGGAGCAGCAGGACGCAGCGUACCAGGCCUCACUCGCUGCCGACCGCGCCAAGGCGAAAGCCAAGGCCGAGGCCGAGGCCAAGGCCACCGAGGCCAAGCUCGCCGCCGAGCGCGUCAUGCUUGAAGAGGCUCGCGCUGCCGAAGCCGCCGCCACGCGGCUAGCCAGCCUCAAAGACGCACUGCCUACCGAGCCCGAGGCCGACGGCGCUGAUGUGGUGACCGUGGCAGUACGGACGUCGAGCGGGCGACUGCAGCGCCGGUUCACGGCGGCCACGCUCUUCGACACAGUGCUCGACUGGCUCGAGGUCGAGGGCAUCAAAAAUGUCAUCGGCGUCGCCUCCACCUAUCCGCGCAAGCAAUACGGCCGCGGGGCGGGGAGCCUGAGCGAAGCCGGCUUUUCUGGUUCGAUCAUUUUCAAUGUCUGCACCGAGUAGACGGUCGGUUGCUGUUGCCGCGCAACCAUACUACGUCGGCGUGCCCAGCGCAAAUCCGCAGCUCGGCGUUUUUGGCACAGAGCGCGCCAAGCUCCUCUAGCGACGGCAGAAUCAGCAGAACCAGCGACUGCGUCCCAAAUGAAGCGCCUGGCAGCACGCUGCCGUGCCUCGGCCGCUCGCGCUCCUCCACAUUCAAGACAAGGAUCCAAGCGAAGCGCCUCGAAGUUUGGGCGAUCGGCUCGAGGGCGAGUUUAAAGUGCAAGCGGUAUGUACCAAUUAUGCCCCAAGACUCAGCAACGGUUACGCCUUGGUCUCGGAGAUCUGGACGUCGUUAGUGGCAGGG